UGAUUUUGACAUUUGCUACAGGCGUGUGUUCGUAUGUGUGGACUGGUGAUGUUGAUUUGGCGCUCAAAUGUAAUUUUUACUUCUUAAUUGACUUUACUCUGGUGCGAAAUAAUUUGUUUACGCUUUGUUUUGAAAUUAUUGUAAUUAUUAAAUCAGUUAUAAUAUGAAGUGCAAAAUACCCGAAAUCUCCUGGCACAAUCGUGACCCAGUGUUGAGUGUUGAUAUACAACCGAUACCAUUAGCCACCGCUGAAAAGUCCAACUUGAAACAUCGUCUAGCUUCUGGUGGCACCGAUGCUCAUGUGCUAAUUUGGUACAUGAAUUACACAGAGGAUGAAAAGGAUAUAGAAUUGGACUUAGCUGCUGAUUUAACGCGACAUCAACGUGCAGUAAAUGCUGUAAAAUGGUCGCCAAAUGGAGAAUUGCUAGCAUCUGGUGAUGAUGAGAGUGUUGUAUUUAUUUGGAAGCAAAAAAGCGAACAAGAGCCGUUGAAUAUUUUGGACAACACUAACGAACAGGAUAAGGAAGUGUGGAUUGUGUUGAAAGUAUUACGUGGUCACAUGGAAGAUAUAUACGAUCUGAGUUGGGCGCCGAAUUCACAAUUUCUCGUGAGCGGCUCCGUAGAUAACACAGCAAUGGUUUGGGAUGUGCAAAAGGGAAAAUCUACAGGAAUGCUACGGGAUCACAAGUCGUUUGUGCAAGGCGUUGCUUGGGAUCCAAAAAAUCAAUAUAUUGCAACCCUUAGCUCGGAUAGGUAUCUACGUAUUUUCGAUAUACAAACGAAGCGAGUCAUAUACCGUAUUAACAAAUCUUCACUGCCGGUUGGUGAAGGACAUGAACUGCAUGGCCAGCGUUUGCGUCUCUUCCACGAUGACACAUUGCAAACAUUUUUUCGUAGGCUUUGCUUCACGCCUGAUGGCAAACUGCUACUAACGCCUGCUGGUGUUGCAGAAACCGAUGAUGCACCACAGUCGUUACACACAACCUACGUAUUUAGUCGACAUGCGUUCCGACAGCCUGCUAUUAUAUUGCCUUGUCCGGGACAGUAUACUGUGGCAGUGCGUUGCUGUCCGAUUCUUUAUCGCUUGCGUCCACAUAAACCCGAGGUCAAUCCACCAGUUGUACCACUACCAUAUCGCAUGAUUUUCGCUGUAGCAUCACGUAGCUCAGUUUACUUUUAUGACACACAACAACGUCAGCCUUUUGCUGUAAUCUCCAAUAUACAUUACACUCGUUUGACCGAUAUCACCUGGUCAAGUGAUGGCCGUAUUGUGGUGGUGUCGAGCACAGAUGGUUUUUGUUCGCUCAUUACGUUCGAGGCAGGUGAAUUGGGAGAGGAGUAUGAGAACGCGGCACAAGUAUUAAGCGCAAAUGACAUAAGUGUGGUGGUAAAAAAAGUAAAGAAGCAAAAGGAGAAUGAUGGACAAAGCACGAAAGAGAGAAAACCUUCAACGGACGAAAUUAAAGAUUUGAAUUCCACGAAACGCGAGCCGUUGGCAGAAAUAGCUGAAGAUCAAAAGAAGGAAGAACCAAUGGAGGUCUCAGAAGUUGAAAACAAAUCCUCGGAGUGCGCAACGGAGCUGAGUGGUAAAGAAAAAGAAGUCAUAUCUAAAACUGAUAAUGAUACUAUUAUGGAGAACAUCCAAAAUAACCCAACCAACCCUACAGCUGCACUGACAAUCACAAAAACACUUGGCGCAGCAAUCAUUAUCGACAAAGAAAUUCUAAGUUCCGAUGAACGUUUCGAAUCACCAGAAAAGAAAAGUCGCCCUGUCACACCAAUAAUGGUUAGACGUACACCACGUAGUACAUCUCUUCCAAAUACUGCUCAAACAACUAAUACACCCACCAACAGCAGUGAGACUAACAAAUCCUCGACAGUUAAACCCAAACCAGCGUCAACGCAAAAGUCGAAAGGUGCUACACCCAUUUCUAUACGUCGUACACCACGCGCGUUAAUAACAGCUCCACCGCCACCAGUAUCGGCCUCGGCCGUAGUAGAAGUGGCACUGGACGCCUGGCCAACACCUAUGGACGUAGAUGACGCCGAAGCUCCAUUGCAAGCCGAGUCUAAUGCAGUUAAAGAGGAAUCAAUAGUUAAAUCGAAUGUUGCCGAUUUCCCAAAACCAGCUGCUGUCAGCGAUCCUUCCCUGGAGUGCACCGAAGAUAUACGUCUGGUAUACGAGGACUCUAUAGACAACUCUAUGGCGGCAGGUACAAACACGGUCGUAGAACAGAGUAGUAAAAGCGUUGAGACGUUAGCCAAAGACGAGAAAACGCCAUCUAAGAGCGAAGGCUGUUCAAAGACGCCAAAACAAAACACCCCCAUGACAAGUAAUAAAACUCCUCGGAGGGUUGCACUAAAAACAAUCUCCACUCCUAAAUCAAAAAAGAAGUUAUUGGACUAGAUAAAAGUUAUAACAA